UGACAAUUAGUUGCUUGCACAAACUUAUCUUGGAUAGUGUAUUUUGCUUGGCAGCCUGUUCAUUGCGUUCACUGUGCACAGACUUUGAGUCUAUACUUACAAAUACAAACAGUAUUUUGUUACAUUUAUAAGAAUGCUUGACCAAUCUAACAAUAUUUUUAAAAAGUACUUAACAUUUUAUUAUUAGACUAUACAUUAUCCAGUUCAGAAAAAAAAAAAAAAAUCAUUAGGGUUUUAUUGUGUAAGUUACUAGAUAUACAACAGUCAUAUGACAAAACAAACAAACAAAAAAAUAUUUUAAUGCUUUGUUGUUGUUGCUUUACUAACAGUCUUUCCCAGUAUCUACAGGUGUUGUCUUUCUCUCUAAUCCAUAUUAUUUACUGACACUUAUCUUCUUAAUAGACACUUUCUUAUCAAAGUACUUCACUAGUAUUUCACAAUUCAUUGGGCUUGUGAUCAUUAUCUUGACAACCAAUGAUGCCACUGAUAUUUUAUCAAGAAUAUAUGUUAAAUGGAAGUUUGACAAACUGUUUAAAAUAUAUUUAAUCUUAGAUAUCACAUUCCUAAAACAUGCACACUUCAAGGCAGUGCAAAAUACAAUUUCAAAUAAUUUAACUCUCUCGAUCAUAAUUAACACAUAUAGGGCUAAUUUAACACACCUCCUCUUACAAAGGGACUCACCUCCUUCUGUUUUUACAUAGUUUCAUAUAGUUUCAUAAAUCUCAUGCAACCGUAAUUUUCAAACAGGUCCUACAGGUUUAUUCCAGUGCGUGAGGUAUCUCGCCCAACGAGUCAUGCUGUUCUUGUUGCACCUUUCGUUUCCUAUGUCUCAGGUUUCUCAUUUAGGCAUGUUCACAGGUGCAGAUAACAUGAAGACACCUCUAACACCAUUACUCUCAGGGAAAGUUUUACUUAAAAAGGGACAGUGGGAAAAUCCUGGACUCUUUCCAGUUGUUGCAAAGGAAGAGGGAUCCAGGGCUGGCAUUCACAGAGACAGGAGAACAGGAGGUUAUGAACAGCGGUUUGAUUAAGAGCCUGUUUCCUAUGCUUCUGCACUUUACCAUUAACUGUACGUAUAACCUCUCAGCAACUGUGCAUCAUGAUAGUGGGAUAUGUGAUACUUGAUUAUUGACUGCAUAAUUAUGUUAUUACAGCAUUUUAGUCAAUUAUAAAUAUACAUACAGUACACAGGAUAUGUAAAAAGAAAUCUAUGGUAUAGGCCUGCACAAGAAGUUUUAAAGAGAUUCUUCCAUCAAGAAACCAGUUGUAUUUAUUGGUCAGGGGUCUUGUAGUUUUUUAAUGGAACAGAAACCUGCUGUUCCAUGUUGUAUAAAAUUGCCAAUAAAUGGCAUUUUAAACCUGGCCUAAUAGCAGUGGUGUAAAGUAAUGGAGUAAAUGUAAUUAGGUACUGUAAGUAUCUUUUUGGCUACUUUGAAGUUUUACGGAGUAUCACAGAUAUUAGCAACUUUUACUCUAUACUUGACUACAUUUUUGAAUAACUAUAUGUACUCUUAACUCCAAUUCAUUUGUGAUACUUUACUUUUUCUUCAGCACUUUAUUUCUGAUACAAAACAAGCGAUAUUGUCAUCUACAGGGCAUUGAAGGUACAAUAUCUUGUGCGUUUUGCCUUACUCACCCAAACUUGUUAUCAAGGCUACUUUACGCGAAUGUGAGUGCAUUAGCAGGUGGUUGCGAAUUGCAGGCGUUUUAUAUAUGAGAUGAGGACAUGGCUGCAGCCAGUGAUGAGGCCAAAUCCAGCAUGUCUAGUGAAAGUAGGCUUUUACUUAACAUUAUUUUAUUUAUUUGUUAUAUUGAAAAGACCUUUUUGAAGAAUAUUGGUUUACUUAUGCCCUUUUUGAGCACUUGAAUUUAACUGAAAUUUGAGUGUUUGUAGACUUUUAAGAGGCUGUUGUGUCGACCUUGAUUUAUUGCACUUUUGAGGUGUUCGGUUUCAUUUUGAUUUUAGAAAAUAAAUGUGAUUGCUCUCCUCACAGAUCAACUAUUUCUUGUUUUUCACUGGCAUGUCUCUUAGGUGUUGAGGACUAGUGCAUCUUUGAGCCUACAUUCAGUACGAGUAAAAAUCAGAUACUCUAAGACUUUUGCUCUAUAGUUGCAUUGGAAUUGGUGACUUGUAACUUGUAAUAGAAUCAUUUUCACUGUAGGGUAUCUGUACUUUUAGUCAAGUGUGGUUUUCAGGUACUCUUCACACCUCUGCCUAAAACAUAAAAUGUGUAUAGUACCAUAUCAUACUUUUAUGAUGCUUAUAUAGGAAAGCAUUUUACAUAAUCAUUAAACAGUCAUAUUAUGGUGUAUAGAUAUUAAAUUUACUGUAUAAAAAGGGAUUAUGUAAUGUAAUUUGUUAAUACAGUAUUUAUGAUCCUGAAAGAUUGAACAGGCUUAUGCAAUGAACUUAAGGUUUGACAUUCUCAAAAUGCUUUUAACAGAAGCAGAGUGUUUGAAUGAAUACAGCCGGAGGGUCUGAACACUCUGAUCAGCAUGUGUGAAUGUAUUUGCAAGUCAAGUUUAAAAAAACAAGUCAUCAUAAAGAUCAGAUUUUUUUUUUUUUUUUUUUUUUUUCUCCAAAUAUAUGUCAAAUGGUAAUAUUGGUCAUGCAUUUCAGAUUCAAGUACACCACCCACACCUCUUAACACCUCAAUGUAUUCUGUAAACAUGAAGCACAUCCUGAAAUGGAGCCCCUUGCAGGUGUCAUGUUCCACUGUCAACUACUCUGUGCAAUUUCAAGGAGAGUAUGAGUUAUACAAACUUAAUGGAACUUGGGUGAAUGCAUAUGACUGCCAAGAGAUCAGUGAAAACAGGUGUGAUCUCACUCAUGACCUGGCCUCCAACUCUGACUACAGCAUCCGCAUAAAUACAAACUGUGAUGGCAAAAAAUCAUGGACACAACUACCAGCAACCUUCAACAGGAGAGACACAGUGUUGCUGGCUCCGAAAAUGACAGUGAAUGUGGAGGGCGAUCCCAUCCAGGUGGGCUUCAGUACAACACUUUCUGAUAUGACCAUAAACCUUAAAGUCUGGAAUGAGGGGGACGAGCAGAAUGCCUUAAUUCAUGUGAUCAGAGCAUAUCCCUAUCAUUUUUCUAUUGCUGCCCAUCGAGGGGAAGAGAAGAUGUGCUUCAGAGCAGAAGCAAUAGUAGAAGCCAUUAACAAGAUCUGCAGCAUUGACACACAGUGCGUAAUCAUUCCUGAGCAGACAUCUGACUUUGUGAAGCCGAUGAUAGUGAGCAUUGCUGUAGUAGUAGCGGUUGCCGUGGUCUUUGUUCUGGGAUGGUCGGCAACAUAUUUUGGUCCACAGAUCAAACAAAUUUGCCACAGGGAGCCUAUUCCCAGAGUACUGCUUGAUGACUGGCCCACCGGCACACCCAUCCUUUGUAGUGAUGUUUCACUGGAGCCCACAGACCCACUUUUGCUGCCAGCAAUGCAGGUGGAGGGAACAGUUUGAGUCAGAUGAAGCGCAGAACCAGUAGAGGCCUUUGCUAUGUUUCACCUGUUUCACUUAAAACGGGCCUCUGCUUGCGCUUGAAAGGGGCCUCGGAAAUUAUUGGGCUUGGGGCAAAAAUGCCACAUUUUUUUUUUUUUUUUUUUUUUUUUUAAAUAGGCCUUUAAUGAAUAUAGUUAAGCAAUAGCACAUGAGAGUGCUGUUUUCCCAAAUAUCAGCACAAUUUCAAAUGUGAUAAUGAUUCAACAGUUCAAUAAACAAGAAAUUAAUAUUAGCUAACUUACAUUUUAGACUGUUUUUUUUUUUUUUUUUUUUUUUUUUUUUACAGUGUGUUAUGAAUGGCAUGUAUGUUUUCUGAAUGAGAAUUGUUGUCAGUGUUAACUGUCUUAUUUUGAGACAUAUUAAGUGUUUUGUUGGUCAGAGUGAGUUUUGGAGGUAGGAUUAACUGUUUGGCCAAGAUUAAUCUUGGUAAUGCAGAUUGUAGGCUAUUUAAGCUCUAGGCCUAUCUCGCGUCUGCGGCUGAUAAAAUCAUACCUGCAGUCCAGCAUCCUGCAAGAAAGACUGUAUGCACUUGCUGUCAUUUGAACACAAUGUUAUGAGAUUGCUGGAUAAGGAUAAAGGAUAAGGAUAAACUUGUAGAGUUUGUGGAGCACUCCGUUUUCAGAAAGCCAAAUUCUUUUCAUAUUCAUAUUGUAUUAGUACUAAUUCCUGUUACAUUCAUUAUCUUAUCUCUGUUCUCUAAUUAUUAUUGCUCUCGAUGCCUGGUCAUUUUGCUGUCCAAGGUGCUCGCUGAAGGGUUAAGAGAGUGACGAAGAUUGAAUGCUGUUUUUGUUUUCGCUUUUUAAUAGUCUAUUAAGUGUGAAAUAUGAGAUAACAUUAUAACGGAGAUAAUAAAGUAACUGCAGUCACAUUGCAUACAAUGUUUUUCUAAAAGGGGGGCUCUCCUACUGUUUCACUAAAACAGGCCUCCAAGUGGCAAAGGCCGCCUUUGCGCAGAACAGGAGCUGAAAUUUCAAAAUGAAUUACACAAAGUAACUGAAGCACUGAUGUCAUGUGUAGAUGGGCUACAGUUACUAACUGCUUGACCUUCUGCAGUAUUUAGACAAAAGAAAUUUAUUAUUAUUAUUAUUAUUAUUAUUAUUAUUUUAUUAUCUGUAUUUUUCUAUUCUAUGUACAGCACUUUGGCCAACCAAGGUUGAUUUUAAAUGUGCUCUAUAAAUAAAUUGAAUUGAAUAAUAUUAGAAUAUUAUAAUAAUGACAGUAUUCUCUCCUGAGGUGAGCAGAAAGCUUUUCAUGGAAGUCCAUCCAAUAACUUUCUCUAAUAAACAGAUUCAUAUUUUAAAUCCCUUAAAAAAAAAAAAAAACAGUCAUUUUCUAUUGAACAUAGAUGCCCUUUGCCUUUAUUUCACCUUAGACUUGAGAUUUGAGAUGCUCAGAUGCUCUUUUGGAACAUUCAUUCUCAGAUAAUCUAAUUUCUUGUACAGACUAGUUAACAUUACGGUGGCUGAGAGAGCUCAACACACUGCAACUGAAGAAAACAAAUGCAAACAGAAAAAACACCAGCAAAUUAAGAAAACAUCAUCAGUUUGACAACACAUGUGCUGCAAAAGUUAACAACGCAACCAAAUACAGAAACGCGCUGCAAAAAAUUUAUAAAAAUAUGAAAUCAAAUUGUUUCCUACAAACUCCACCAGAUUCUUGUUCUACAUGUCCCCAAGUACCACUGUGGUGAUUUUCAUGUUGCUUAACUGUUUCAUUCUUUAAUAAUUAUAUGCCAAAGUCAUGGCCAAUACUAUUUACCUUGCUAUACAGACAUGUAUAGCAAGGUAUUUACCUCUCUAUACAGACAUAUUUUAAAAAUUCAUUAAAAAUAAAAUGAAAUUGUUUUCUGCAAACUCCACCUGAUUCUUGUUCUACAUGUCCCCAAGUACCACUGUGGUGAUUUUCAUGUUGUUUAACUGUUUUAUUAUUUAAUAAUUAUAUGCCAAAGUCAUGGCCAAUACUAUUUACCUUGCUAUACAGACAUGUUUUAAAAAUUCAUUAAAAAAUAAAAUCAAAUUUUAUUCUACAAACUCCACCUGAUUCUUGUUCUACAUGUCCCCAAGUACCACUGUGGUGAUUUUCAUGUUGUUUAACUGUUUUAUUCUUUAAUAAUUUUAUGUCAAAGUCAUGACCAAUGCGAUUUACCUUGCUAUUCAAACAUAUAAUAUACAGCUACAAGUUCCACACAGGUGUACCAAAAGCCAAAGCAAAGUGUCCAUUAAAAAUUAACAAAAUAAACAAAAACAAACUAAUAAAAGAAACUUUUCAAAGUACAACUCAACAAAAAAAAAAAAAAAAAAAAAAAGUAGUCUACUGAUCCAAUAAACACCCGUUUUUUUUUUUUUGUUUUUUUUUUUUCAAACAUUUCCUCUGCUCUUUUAUAGUCUUAGUCCCCUCCUUCAUUUUCAAACGGACCAAUCAUAACACUCUAUCUGUUACAAACAGUACAUUUUACAUUUUACUUUUUAACCUUACAAACAAUACCUUGAAAUCUAUCUUUAACAAGAUGCAUUAUCCCUUAGAAACCCGUCAAAAUAUAAACAUUCAUGACUUUUUGAUCUAAACAUCCUUAAUUGGUCAACUCUUCCCCAUCAGGAUGCCAUUAAAUCGGUUUCCUGUUCGCGGGCCACUCCUUUCUAGGAGUUUCCAAGAACCGGUAAGACACAGAAACAUAUACAUUAAUAUACAACAUUUGUUUGUUCAACUUUACCUUGUGUGCUUCACGUUGCUAACAGUCAUCAUGGAAUGUGCACCUUUCAUGUGACUGCCACUAAAGUAAACAAACACAAAAUAAAGAUCUUACCAAAACUGUUUAGUGUAUUUCUUUGAAUUGGGACAUGUGUGCUACAUCACACCAACUGAUUCUUGUUCUACAUCUCCCCAAGUACUACUGUGGUGAUUUUCAUGUUCCUUUACCGUUUUAUACUUUAAUAAUUAUGUGUCAAAGUCAGGACCAAUACUAUUUACCUCUGUAUACAGACAUAUUUUAAAAUUUAUAAAAAUAUAAAAUCAAAUUGGAUCAGAAGGCCAUGGAGGGGUACACAUUCAGGAUGCGCUACAACAGCGAUUUAUUCCACCUUCCACAUUCCCUGCCUCUUCCAGUUUCUUCUUUGUGGUAAGAAGGACGGAGGCUUGUGGUCGUUCACUGACUGCUGUCAAAUUUAUCCUCUUCCUCUGGUCCCAGCGACAUUGAAACAGCUCCGUCUUCCAGGGCUACAUGAAUGAGGUGUUCCGGGAGUUCCUCCAGUGGUUCAUCUUCGUUUACAUCGACGAUAUCCUCAUAUACUCCCAGAACCUGCCGAACAUCACCAACAUGUGAAGCAGGUCCUUGAGAAGCUAAGACAACACCAUCUGUACCUCAAGCUGGAGAAGUGCGAGUUCCAAGUCAAGUCAAGUCACCUUUAUUUAUAUAGUGCUUUUUACAAUGCAGAUUGUGUCAAUUCAGCUUUACAGUGAUAACUGGCAAAUAAUUUUGGCUGCACAGCAGCUCUUAAAGAAAAUGGUGUCAUUGUCCAGCUUAAAUAAAUUCAGUAUUGAUUCAUUCCGUUGUAAAAAUCAAUAGUUAUUAAUUUAGGUAAUUUAUCUAUAUAUCAGCACUGGAGAAAACAGUGAUGUCAUCGUCCAGCUCAGUUCUGUUCGCAUACAAUGGUGUCAAUGCAGGCAGACCAAAAACAUUGAAUAUCAAGUGUCCCCAAGUAAGCAAGCCAAAGGCGACAGCGGCAAGGUCCCUAAACUCCAACAGGUGAUAUCAGGUGACCAACAGGUGAAGAAAAAAAAUGGAGAAAAAAACCUUGGGAGAAAACAGGCUCAGUCAGGUGGCUAGUUCUCCUCUGGCCAACAGCGAACAGUGCAUGAUUAUGAUUCAGGCAGCGUUACAGGUCAUAAGUCCGAUUGGGAUCGCAACAGUCAAAAUAUUUAAUCCAGUUCCAUCUAGUUGAAGAUCGUAUUCAUCACGCCGUUAUGGGGCGGUUUUUUGGGAAUCUGUGCCAUUGGCUGUCAUGUCUGUGAGGCCUUCACAGGGGAUGAUCUAGUUGACGCAAUCUCUGCUGACACUUCAGGGCUGCGUUGUAGUCGUGUCUAGGCACAGGUCCUCCAUCUGAUCUGGAUACGGCCCGGAUCCAGCUGACUACAGUAAACCUCGGGAUAAACAGAGAGAAUAAUAUUAGAGUAGAUGCCAUUCUUCUUCACAUGUAACGAGUACAUUUGGUGUUAUAGGAAGUGUUCCCGGUUCCGGCUGACCUAAUUUAUGCAGCCUAACAAUCCUUUAAUGGAUGUGAAAACAUAAAUUGAUAAUGUGUUAUGUGUAUGCCAGGUUAAAGAGAUGCGUUUUUAGUCUAGAUUUAAACUGACAGAGUGUGUCUGCUUCCCGAACAAUGCUAGGAAGACUGUUCCAAAGUUUAGGUGCUAAAAAGUAAAAUGAUCUACCGCCUGCGGUUGAUUUUGAUAUUCUAGGUAUUAUCAACUGGCCAGAAUUCUGAGAUUGCAAUAGACGUGAAGGACUAUAAUGCGUUAAGAGCUUGCUCAGGUACUGGAGGGCUAAACCAUUUAGUGCUUUGUAAGUAAUUAGCAAGAUUUUACAGUUUUUCUCGAUUGCUCAAACACUAUGACCAGGCUUUUGAACUAAAAUUUCAAAACCAUAAUGCCAUUUUUCAAAAAGCACACCCAAUUCCCUAAACUAUAAACACUAUUCCCCUGUUUUGACACAUGAAUCAGAUUUGUUGAACUGUCGCUGCAAAACUCUACACACAAAUCCCUUUAUUUCUCAUUGCCUACACCAUGUUGUCAUUUAGAAAGCACUAGCAUUCAAUAUUGUUCACUCAAGUCAGCAUAGCUUGAGCUCAAUUAGCACACAGUUACCCACGUGGAAACACUAAGAGUCAGAAUUUAUCACACACCAAUCAGAACCUUCAAUAGAGAGAUAAAAGAGCCGGUUGCAUGGUUAUAAUAUCUCUCUAAUAUUAUCAAUCUUGCAAGUAAAGAAGUUCAUAAAGUCAAUACUGCUGUGCUGUUUGGGAACAUCAGAAGUUGAAGCUUUAUUUCUCAGUAAUUUAGCCACUGUAUCAAAUAUAUACCUAGGGUUGUGUUUGAUUUUUUCUAAAAGAUUUGAAAAAUAAGUAGAUCUAGCAGUUUUAAAGGCCUUUCUGUAUGUAAAAAUGUGUUCUUUCCACAAAAUGUGAAAAACCUCUAGUUUUGUUUUCUUCCAGCUCUUUUAAGCAGCCAGAAGUAUGUCUGAGUAUGCUCGUUGUACCACGGCAUUGGACUAAUUUCCUUAAUCUUCUUUAUUCAACAGUGCUUUGCAUCUGCCUGCAUUGACACCAUUUUCUUUAAGAGCUGCUGUGCAGCCAAAAUUAUAUACCAGUUAUCACUGUAAAGCUGCUUUGACACAAUCUGCAUUGUAAAAAGCGCUAUAUAAAUAAAGGUGACUUGACUUUAAGCGCAAAGGAGCAACUGAGUCUAAUGUGCUGGAAAAGAGAGACUCAAUAGUUUCUGUUUCAACAUCGAGUUCUUCUAAGCUAUCUGGUAUGCUAAGGAGAUGAAACUAAUCAGGAAGAUUAUUUAUAAAGCAAUCUUUAGUGGUAGUGAUAGUUCUACCAUAUUUGUGGCAGGGUGGCAGUUUUGCAGCCUUGGCUAAAUGUAGAAUACAUGAGACUACAUAAUGAUCUGAAAUGUCAUCGCUCUGCUGCAGAAUUUUAACUGCAUCAAUAUCAAUUGCAUGUGACAAUAUUAGAUCUAAAGUAUGACAAUGAGUGGGUUCUGACACGUGUUGUCUAACUCCAAUAGAGUUUAGAAUGUCCAUAAAUGCCAAACCAAAUGCGUCUUUUAUCAUUUUCUACAUGGAUAUUAAAAUCACCAACAAUAAGGACUUUAUCUGCAGCCAGUACUAACUCCAAUAAAAAAAUCAGCAAAUUCUGAUAAAGUCUGUAUGGUGCCCUGGUAGCCUGUAUACAGUAGUCAACACAAAUAUCAAAUGGGAUUUGUCACUUACAUUACAUAAUGUUACAUAAAGCACCAUCACUUCUAAGGAAUUAUAUUUGAAAGUCUUUUGAGUAAUACUGAAGAUAUUACUAUAAAUUACAGCAACACCUCCUCCUUUGACUUUCCGACGUGGCUCGUGUUGAUAAUAGUAACCUUGAGGCUUGGACUCAUUUAAAGUAAUGUAAUCAUCUGGUUUUACCCAGGUUUCUGUCAAACACAGCACAUCUAGAUUGUUGUCAUAAUAUUAUUAUAUCAUUAUCAUCAUUAUAUCAUCAUAAUAUGAUAAUAUCAUUUUCAAUAAAUGCUUUUGAAGAAAGGGAUCUAAUAUUAAGCAAGCUGAGCUUUAUCAUUUGAUCGUCAGAAUUAUAUCUGUUUUUUAUUUGUUUAACAUAAAUUAAAUUUUUACCCUUAAAUGGGUUUGGGAUUUUUUUUUUUUGUUUUUGUAUUUAUUAAUUCGGGGUACAGACACAGUCUCUAUGUGAUGAUAUCUAGGUGGAAGAGUCUCUAUGUGUUGGGAUUUAUCUGACUUCUGUGACGUGAGACAGCUAGCAGACAGUCGGUUUAGCCAGUCUGUCUGCUUCCUGAACUGGGCCCCAGUUUGUCAUGUUUCAUCUCUCUGUCCUGGAACCCAUCUGCCCUAGAGGCUUACCAUCAUCUCAAAGAAGCCUUCCAAGCCAUUCCGAUCCUGGUCCAUCUUGAUCCAGAUCUUCCUUUCAUCGUCGAGGUGGAUGCCUCUACCACCGGGGUCGAAGCAGAACAUCUACCAUCGGGGUCGACAUCGGCAAUUGUGAGCUCCUGGCCAUCAAGCUAGCUUUGGAAGAGUGGAGACACUGGCUGGAGGGAGCAAAAACAUCGCUUUGAGGUUAUCAUGGAUCAUCAAAACCUCAAAUACCUGUGUGAGACAAAACGACUGAAUUGAUUUCACAGUCUCAUAUCGUCCUGGUCUUAAGAACUGUAGGGCAGAUCCCCUUUCACGUCUCUAUCAACCAGAUCCUGAGCCUAGUUCUCCAGAACCCAUCCUCCCUCCAACCAUGAUCAUCAGUCCCAUUCAAUGGUCCAUCAAUCAACAAUCGCCGAAGCUACACGCUGUGAACCUGCACUGCCAGGAGGUCCUGAGGGGCUACUCUACGUACCACCAGCCUAUCUAGAUCAUACAUCAGCGGAUGCUCAGUCUGUGCCGUUACCAACACUCCAUGCAAACUCCCAGAGGGGAAACUGGUUCCUCUGCCUAUUCCACAUCGUCCAUGGUCAUACCAGUGUGUUCGUCAUCGUUGAUUGCUUCUCAAAGGCUUGUAAACUCAUCCCUCUGAAAGGUCUACCGACUGCAUUUGAAGCUGCAGAAGCCCUCUUCCAAAAUGUGUUUUUCCACUUCGGCCUACCAGAGGACAUUGUAUCAGAUCGCGAUCCCCAAUUCAUCUUACGGGUGUGGCAAUCUUCUUGCUUCUUCAAGCUCCUGGGAGUUUCUGUGAGCCUCUCUUCCGAAUACCACCCACAAACGAAUGGCCAGAUUGAGUGGAAGAUCCAAGAGAUCAGGAGGUACCUGAGGUCUUACUGCCACCAGAACCAGGACACUCUUAGGCAAUCCACCACUGGGCUCACUCAGCGUUAUGAUUAAUUAUAAUAUAAAUCGACCAAAAAGGGAAUUAUGCACAUAUAUUGUGAAUUAAUUACAACGGAUUAUAAUUAAUUACAUAUAUGGUUCAGGAUUAGUUCUAGUUUAAUAGUUAAUUUAGAAAGACUGGUCUAGUUCGUCCAGCAAACUAUCAGCUUCCUUAUUGACUAUUAUAAAAGGAAGUUAUUCCUCUGGCCAUGAAGAAUAAUUUCAAAGAAUAAUUUCCUAAUUUUGCUAUUCUAGCGUUAAAGCGUAAAGCAGUUUGCAAAAUCAGAACAUAGAAGUGACUUGAUUUUCUGAAUGAGCAACAGAUAAUUCAUAGAGCAUGAAUAUAAUGUAUUUAAUAGAUAUGAACUACGAAUAUAUGACUAAAAAUACAACAAACAAACAUACAUAGAAUAAAACGAAAGUAAAGUCAAGAAAACAGAGGUGAUCAAAGAAAUGGCAAAAUUACAAACAGUUAAAACCUUUGAGAGCCAGCAAGGAAACUCAACUUACACGUGGAGCUUAAAACGCUUCGAAAAGAAUGGUUCUAUACUUGCAUAGGUUCAGGUGCUGUGGUUGCUUCGUCUUCCUGCAGGAGUUUCAGUUUGUGUGGCUGGAGCGAUUAGUCCUUUUCUGAGAAAGGGUUCUUCGGCGGGAUUUUCAAACAAGGUUUUAACUUAAAAGUAAGAUAACUGGAAAAUAAAGAAGAGAGAGUCCAUCUGAAGAGUGAAGGCUUAGGGCAACGGAUGAAGAAGGCUUGACAAAAGAAAACUUGUUGUGACGAAGAGACGCGUGUUGUUGUCUUUUAAGGACAAACAAACCAGAAUGCCUCCUUGGACGCACCAGCCAAUGGCAAGGGUGUAAUUUUGGCGGCCAAACUUUUUCUUUGUCUCCAUUUACGGCCUAAUUUGCAUAGUAUAUGACGUGUCAGAUCUGAGUACAUUUUCUUCGAAGUACUAUUAAAAAUAGAAAAAUGCAUUUUACAGUAAUGUAACAUACAUUGUUAAUUAGAACAUUCAGAGAGGUUUACAACAAGACUAAACUUGCCAGGUGGCAAAGACAUAAAAGGGGGAGAUACAGUUUAUACUUGAAUUGAUCGUUUAGAAUAAAACUAACACAACUACAGUCAUAGCUAAGCUUAUAUACUAGGGAUACAUACAUGCAGCUUGAAAACAACAACGGGCAAACUUUGGCAUAGUCAUAUUUUGAGGAUAAAUGUACAUAUAAUCUCCAUGCGUGUUUGUGUGUGUCUGUACGUGUGUGUGUGACGUGUAUAGGGGUUUUGGCCGGUGUCUGUGACCACAUGGCCCUUAGCCCCACCAGGGUGACUCUUUGAAGUCCCUGGAGCUGGUGAGAAUAUCUUCUGUUUUUCUUCAAUGAGGUAACAAAGGUGCCAAUGGGGCAAUUGGUCCCGGACUUGCCGGAGCCAAUUCUGAAAAUUCUAAAGUUGGUUGGCUAACUGAUCUUGUACAGACGCUACAUUGGAUACCAGCCUCCCUUAUUCCCCUGGUCUGGUGAGCCCUUGGAGGUUCCAGUUGUCAACCACUGGUUCCAGCAGACUGGUGUGGGACUCAGCUCACGUGCAUCUCCAACAGGCAGUGCGAAGACACAAGAGGCAGGCUGACACCUGAAGAAAACCGACCCUUCGCUACCAACCAGGUCAGAAGGUGUGGCUCUCGACACGGGACAUCCAUCUCUGCCUACCCUGCCAUAAGCUGAGUCCCCGUUACAUAGGUUCGUUCACCAUGCAGAGGCAGAUCAAUGAGGUCACCUACAGGCUCAAUCUUCCACCACACUACUGCAUUUCACCAUCAUUUCAUGUGUCACUCAAACCUCACUAUGAACCUCACUUUGUUGUCUCUCCUCACAGAUUCUGGUGGCGAUGAUGUACCUCCUCCUCCCAAGCUCGAAGACGAGGAGGCCAUCUACAGGGUCUGGGCCAUCCUCGACUCGCGGCGGUGGGGCCAGAGACUAGAAUACCUCAUUGACUGGGAGGACUACAGCCCUGAGGAACACUCCUGGGUUGCCUGUGAUGACAUUCUUGAUCCAGCUCUUAUCACCCAAUUUCACACCGAACACCCAGAACGCCCAGCUCCCAGGGGUCGAGAUAGGCCUCGUCGUCGCACCAUCCGGCCGUCAGAAGCCGCCCCUGGAGGAGGGGGUACUGUCACGGAGUCGCAGCCAUCUCAGACCAUAAUCAACCCAUCAUCACCAGAUCAGCACGCUCCACCCACUCGUUCACUCUCCCCGGAAUUCUGAUUCACCGCACCUGCACCUUCUCAUCAGUACACACCAUACAUACCCUCACAACCUGUACCCCUUUGUCUGGUCUCGUCUCUACGUACACGAACAGACUCCAUCAAGAUACUCACCUGUGUACCUACUUGCCAUUGUGGAUUCCUAUCUUCUGUCUUCCGUCAUCUAUAUAGCAAGGUAAAUCGUAUUGGUCAUGACUUUGGCAUAAAAUUAUUAAAGAAUGAAAUAGUUAAACAACAUGAAAAUCACCACAUUGGAACUUGGGGAGAUGUAGAACAAGAAUCAGGUGGAGUUUGUAGAAAACAAUUUGAUUUUAUAUUUUUAUGAAUUUUUAAAAUAUGUCUGUAUAGCGAGGAAAAUAGUAUUGAUCAUGACUUUGGCAUAUAAUUAUUAAAUAAUAAAACAGUUAAACAACAUGAAAAUCACCACAGUGGUACUUGUGGACAUGCAGAACAAGAAUCAGGUGGAGUUUGUAGAAAACAAUUUGAUUUUUUAUUUUUAUGAAUUUUUAAAAUAUGUCUGUAUAGCAAGGUAAAUAAUAUUGGUAAUGACUUUGGCAUAUAAUUAUUAAAGAAUGAAAGUUAAACAACAUGAAAAUCAUCACAAUGGUACUUGGGGAGAUGUAGAACAAGAAUCUGGUGGAGUUUGCAGAAAACAAUUUUAUUUUAUUUAUUUAUUUAUUUAUUUUAUUUUUAUUUUUUAAAUAUUUCUACCGACACCAAGAGACCACACCUUUAGCUUAUCACGCAACCUCAUGUUGAUGCGCAGUAUAUAUUUUUAAGCGUAGAUAGUGUGACCAUGCAUCUCUGAAGCGCAGACGGUGUGACCGCAGUCUUCCACUGCUCAGCGAUUGUACACACUGUAAAGACCGUAACGAUGGCGUAAAUUUUAAAUAUCAAUCCGAGUGUGAGUUAGAUGAAUCAUCGGGAGAACUAGUUAUUCAACCUGAACCUCCACAUCGCAAGGACGACUUCUCGGGACAUUUCUCAAGUCAUACACUACUCAGUUUAAUGUACAAUAUUAGAUGUUGCAACUGUAAUUCUAUAUUAUUAACAGUAUCAAUAACAGUGUAUACGUUAGCCAAGCACUAACGUGAAUGACUAUGUAACAUUAAAGUUUGUAAAACAAAUCUUGCUCCAUCCUUUAUCAUUACUCAAAGUAGUAAGAACGACAGACAAUCUGCAUUAAUGGACACAAUUUUAGGUAAUAGUGAGCCACAUGUAAGGCCCGCCCAAUUGGCCCAACGGCGGUUUCCCACAGGACGGGGAAGGUUUCUUGCGCGUUCAGUCUUUUCAGUGUGGCAAAGUAGUUUAAUUCCAAGUAAACUUUUAUCUGACUCCAUUUUAUUAUGACCUCGAAUUUAGUUUAGAAUGUCAACUGAUUAUUGGUCAUUUGUAUAAUAAUUUAGCUCUACAUUUGAUUAUUCUAUUUAACUCUUUGCUCUUACUGUACUCGUUUAUUCGGAUUUUUAUAACGCUUUGAGUCUCGCAACAGCCGGGUAUACGAUCUCAUAUACACAAACUCGUCAGUCUUGGUCAUUAGACAGAGGCGAUGACUAAUACUUUUAGACGCCGCACCAUGCUUGCUUAUUUCUAAAAAUACGUUAUUUAGGCCCCAUAGAUCUGAACACACUGAAUUAAAGCAAGACUAUAUCUAACCAGAGGUCAUGACCAUUACCAUAGAACCAAGCUGACCAAUCUAACCUUUCUAAUGGUAACUUUAUAUAAUUAUGCCGUGGUUUCCCUCGUACACUUAGUUAGAAUAAUAUUACAAUAAUCAGAGGUUGAGGCUCACCCUAUUCAGAUUGGUCUGACAACCCUAUGUUGUUCUGAACGGAAAUGGUUCUGAACCAUUAUUAGCCUACACAGUCUAAGUAUACAUAACUAAUGCCAAUGUGUUAGUCGGAGCUCUAAAAUAUCAGUUGGUGUGCCCCACUGCUCCACCUAAACUGUACUUUAGUCCGUUACUAACCUGAGCGUAGAUUUGUGGGAUUAUGGAUUAAUAAUCUACUAGAGUCAGUAAUUUCAGAGUACAUCAGAAUAAAGUCAAAUAUAACAAUUUAUUAGUCAGGUAAAUGUAUAAUGCCAAUUACAUAACCAAUUCAAAGAUGAUCAAUACAAAACAUCAGAUGCUCAGAAACAGAGUAAAAGAUGCAUACCUGACAUUAGGAAAAUACACAUGGCUGAGUAUCUGAAGGACACUCAGCAAUGUGGGCUGAUCUGAUUACAGAAUCGCGCCCUGAGCCUCCUGCAACAUCUCUUUAAAUACUCAGACCAAGACAGAAACUUCUUUCAAAUGGAAACAUGAGUUCACAAUGGGGAUUUGGAACUAAAGGAAAUGUAGAUUAAGGCAAUGCUGAGGUGAUUGACUCGGUGUGAUUGCGUCUCGGAUGGGGGUGCUAAUUUUGCAAGAGAGAGUUCAAAUGUUAAUUUCCUUUGUUUUCUCAAAGAGUAACCCUCUCUUGGUCUAGACAGUCCAGCAUCAGUCUUACACACAGCUGAUUUGCAGAAGUAUUUCAGUAAGACAAUAUCCCUAACGAUUCGUUUAAGUGGUUCAGAGUUGACUCUUUCGACAAUACCUUUAUUUAUCGUGCACUUUCGGCUUCACAACUUUGCAGGUCGUUUACAUUCACAAACAGCUACAUUACACAUUGCAUGAAAGGUAAUAUUCAAAAAAGCAUAAUAGGGGCACUUUAAACAUUUUUUUUUACAUUGAAUCCCAGAUUUUAUAUAUGGUCUCAGACCUCAUUAUACACAAAACAUACUAAGCUCCAUGUGGCGAUCAAUGCCUUUGUCCUCAGAAAAUACUGCUGCUGUGAAACGUAAUGAGAAUUCUUUUUAUAGGCUUCUUCUUAUGACCUUUUUGCCUUUAAUGAUAGGACAUUCUUGAGACAAGAAGGUGAAGGGAGAGAAAGGGGGGAACAUGACACAUGUACACUAAGC